UUUUUUGUUUAAUUAAUUAAGAAGUACAUACAUAUACCACAAAAGAAAAAGAGAAGCGAGUUGCUUCUGAAGGUUGGAAAUUAUGGCGAAGGAACACUCACGUCUCUGUUCUCUAAUUGAUCAUUACCUCCGUCCUUAUACUGAAACUGGGUCUACUUCGGUAACCAAAGAAACGGAGAAAGAACUUUUAGUUGCUCUCUCACAGGUUUAUGCAGAAAUUAAGCUGUGGAUGAAGGAAUAUGAGUCCGAUAACAGCUUUCAGGAUAUGGAGGGAAAUUCUGUUGGUGGAGGUCGAAUAAUCCCCGAGUCACAUGCUGCUAAUCAUCAUUGUUUAACUAAUGUUAUUCAGGUCUUGAUGGUCGUGGUUGCGAUGGAGAAUGCAUAUAUGAAUCACCUAGUUGGCAAUAUCCUGGUGGCUGUUUCUGAUUUUUUGGUUGAAUCUGAAAGCUGUUGGGGUGAAUAUAUGAAUUUACUGUAUCUUUGUGUGGAAAUUUCGAUUUUUAAUGGUCUUUCUUCUAUGGGACAUAAGAUGGAGGUCAAAGACUUGAGUGGGGAUCCUUCACCUUCUUCUUUAAUGAAGCUCAGCUUGAAAAGUGCAAGUUGGUCAACGGCAGCUGUUAUCAUGAGAGUUCUACACAAUGUACUGAAACAUUUGAAUCGGGAUCUUAUUGAUCAAUUUUUCAACAUUUUCUUGGAGGCUACCAUUUAUUUUAUCUCAAAUAUGCCGUGGAAUUUGUUGUCGGAGGUUUACCAUGUUCAAGGGGACUCCAAUUCAGACCGCUUGCUUCAAAUGCAAGAAGAAAAACCGAAGUCAAUACUAAUAUUUCAAGGAUACAUUCUUCGGUUACUUUGUUCGUUGGUUAAAAGUGGUUGGACAGAUGCUGCUGUCAUCACUUCAGCAGAGCAUCCAUUUAUUUUUGAAAUAAAAAACCUGCUUCCAAGAAUACUGUCAUCAUGCCUUAGUAAUGGACAACACUCUGACAAUGUUGCGAUCUGUCAAUAUCUUAAAUAUAAGAUGUUGAUACUCAUGAUUCGACUUAGUAACCAAAUCCAUUGGGAGCACUCAAUUGUAAUUUCGUGGUUGGAUCUAAUCCACACAUACUUUCAAGAUGUAUUAUCCAAACCUAUUGAGGGGCAGGAGUUUGUUCUAGAUAUAUAUCUCGAAGGUUCGCCAUUUGGGGUAAUGACAUUUGAUAUGGGGAAUAAAUGGAUUUCAUCAAAGCAUUUACAACGGCUGUCUAUUUUCCUUUUCCUCAAAUGUUCCUCUAGUUUGCUGAGCAUGAAAGAAACGACUGAUCAACAUUAUGCUUGUAAAAAUCUUAAGUCUUGCUCAAGCUUUGACAUGAAUCCCAAGUGUUGCAGUCGAAGGAAAGCUUUGCUAGAGCUCCAUGAGUGGCUCAGAGAGCUUCUCCCUGGUGAUUGUUUUAUUGACCAUGACAUGUACUCCGAGAAAUGCAUGGACUUUGUCUCAUCCUUCUUGCAGCUAUAUAUGCAAGAGGACGAUAUUCUAUUUGAAAUGCUCUUGCAAAUGUUAUGCUUGCCAUUUUACUCUGAAAAGUUUACUAAUGAAGUGGCUUUAUCAGAUGAUGAAGUGAGAGAGUUUUCUCUGAUCUCACACCUUUUUCACCCAAUCCAUUUCUUUCACCUAUUCUUGGCUGGAAUACACUAUGAUCAUCAAGUUCUUCUUGAUUAUCUCAUCUCAAAAGACACAGGGGCUAGCUCUGCUGAAUAUCUUUUGAGGUGUCUGCGUAAGGUAAGUGAUUCUUGGAACAUAUUUAUCGAAUUUUCAUGGAGCAGAAAAUGUCGAAGCAGAAAAAGGAAAAAGUUUUCAGCAGAUGAUCAUAACUCUAUGGGAGAGAUAACACUUGUGUCGAGUUGUAUUAGUGGAGAUACUUUACCACCUGACUCCAAACGCAAGAAAGCCUACGGAUGUCACAAUGAGGACUAUGUAACUCAGAUGUCACCGUUUGAAUGCGCAAGGAACUGCCUUUUUCAACUUAAAGCAUCUAUUGAAAGCCUUCACCAAAAGAACCUGUUUCCUUAUAAUCCAAUAGUGCUACUACGUCGGUAUGUACGUUUGACACAUUUGGGGUUUUCAUUAGUUUCUAUUGUAUUCUGGAGAUUGCAUCACACUCUGGAACUCCAUAAUAUAUUUAUUAUUUCUAUGUCAUCUUUCCUAAUAAUAAGAGUUCUUAUAAUAAGCUGUAAGUUGCUUAAAGUAGGCAAAGUGUUUGUUUGAUGUUUAGAUUGGGUUCAUUGGAUGUUCUUCAGAGUUGGGUUAAGCGAUUCUUACUUUGAUAUUUAAGUUUUUAUUUGCAAUCAUUUCAUAACUAUUUUUCUAGAAUCAUGCAUGCAUUUCAAGAACAUUCAUACCAUUGUUCAGUUAGUAGUAUCAAGUUGUAGGACGGAAACAGGAGUGCAGUGCAUUGUACUCAUAAUGGCUUGUGAUCAAAAUUCAAAAGAUCACUUGGAUCAUUAAUGAUGUUGGGUUUUGAAAUAUCUGAGGUGAAUGUGCUGUAGAAUGCAAGUGGAUGGUGUGUUUUUUCCUCCCUUUUUAUGGGUCAAAAUCCAGUGAACACAUUUUUACUCUACAAGCUACUAUUUAUGUUAGUUUGCUGGUUGGCAUUUUGUUCUAAUUUUGGAGAGACUCUAUCAGCGAGUUCUUAAUAAGGAGGCAUAUGUUUGAAAUUUUUCAAAAAGCAGAGUUUGUGAAAGAAUAUUGAGUUUUCGCGAACUCUGUUUUUUGUGAAAGAAUUCUGAGUUUUUGUAAACUCUAAACUUUGAGGCAGGAAGUUGUGUUGCCACAAUGUCACUAGCCAGACAUUACUUCAGGGGGCUAAGUCUUUUCGGGAAAGGAGGGAUGGGAGGCCACUGUUGCUACCAGAAAUUAUCUAAUACUCUUCAUUGCAGUUUGACGCGAUUUCAGGAGAUCUGUGGAGAUGACAGACCAUAAUAGCUCGCUUGCUGUUGACCUAUCGCCUUGAAAUCCAUGUUCGAUCGUAGUCCACAUGCCAACUUGACGUCAGCUAGUUGAAAAUGACUGCAACUUGAAAGGGACGAUAUCUCUGGACUCAUUAGAGCAAAAUAUGGCUUGGAUAUGAAUCCAGUACUAGCAUUCUUGACUGCAACUUUUGAGGCGAGUUUUCUGACUUUGACUAUGGAUAUGUGUAACACAUUUCUGAACUGAAAGGAUGUAUAUUCUUAGAUGUCGACAGGUGCUUUUUAAAAAUCUCUCAUCAAGUGCCUAGCCAAGGUCAAAGGUUUUAGAGUUGGCAGAAUCUGCAAAGCAGUUAGAAUAAAACAUCAUUGUAGGUGGAUUACUACUUGUAAGGACUUUGUUUCAAUGCAUUCGUUGGGUAGCAAUAAGUAAGAGAGGUAACAAAAAACUUCCACCAGGGCCAAUUCCCCUUCCGUUGAUUGGAAAUUUGCAUAAUAUUGUUGGUGAUCAGCCUCACAAGUCACUUGCCAGGCUUGCCCAAAUAUAUGGGCUAAUGAUGAGCCUCAGGAUGGGGCAAAGUGGUAAUAUCUUCAGCAGCAGUGGCAAAACAAGUCUUACAAAAACAAGAAUUGGCCUUCUCCAGCAGAACAAUUCCAGAUGCAAUCCGUACCAAUAAUCACCAUAACCUCUCUGUGGUGUUUUUACCUGUUUGCUCUCUAUGGAGAAGUACGAGGAAAAUCUUGAAUUCUAAUCUCUUCUCUGGCGACAAGCUUGACGCAACUCAGCAUCUCAGGUAAAGGUCCCAAAAGAUGCAAGAUUUUAUUGGUUAUUGCGGCAAGUGUAGCCAAACAGGGGAGUCAGUGAAUGUAGGCCAAGCUGCUUUCGAGACCAUGGUUAAUUUACUUUCCAAUACCAUUUUUUCCAAGGAUGUAGUAGACCCUUAUGGAAAUUCAGGUAAAGAAUUUAAGGAUGUUGUCUGGGACGUCAUGGAAGAAUCUGGUAAGCCCAAUUUGUUCGAUCAUUUCCCCCUGUUAGAAAAGGAUUGAUCCUCAAGGGAUAAGGCGACGCAUAGGCAAGCAUUCUGAUAAGUUGCUACAGCUGAUUGGGGGAUUGAUCGAUGAACGAUUGGAGCAAAGGAGGAAAUCACCAAAUGACAGUAGAACAGAUUUUCU